GCUGUCUCCAUGGUGGUGCCUACGAGAGCCAAGACGAGGCUGCCCUGUAAUGGAAGAAAAUGGAGUUGACCAUGACAUCAGCAUGGAAACAUCUAAUGACUUACUGGUAGUCAACUGUAAUAGUACAGGAGAGUCAGAAACCGAUGACCAAGUGUUUCAGCAUCUAACCUGCAUGGAUUCCAGGGAUCCAUCAUUUGAACAGAAUGACUCUCCAGCAGUCUUGCCUAUCACAGUGCAUGUUUCAGACAAUUCAUCUGUGUCAUCGAAUACACCAGUGCAGCUAUCCCAGGCUCAACCUCUUUCCACAGAAGAGUUCCAUCUGGUAGACCAGAAUGGCCAGCCUCUAUAUGAACUACAGUCACUAGGGGAUUCCAGUACACAGAUGAUGAUUGUUGCCAGCCAGUCAGAACAUGGACAGGUGCUACAUGUAAUUCCUUCGACCCAGCCAGGAAUGGCACAAGUGAUUAUUCCUCAAGGGCAACUUUUGGAUGUCACCAGCACGCAGGAUGUUUCAGAAGAGAAACGCAGUGACGGGAACUUGCAGACAGUAGCAGUGGCUGCUAUCGCGGACAGUACAAGCAGUUACAUACUUCAUCCCCAAGCAUCUCUCACAGUGUCCAAAAAGACAACAACCAGGAUAGUGGAAGACCUUUUUCCUGUCCCUCUCCAGCCGCUGCCCCCAAACACUCCUACGUGGGCCCGUCGUCUCAGGAACUGCGAGAAAAUUGGGGACUCGUACCGCGGCUAUUGUGUGAGCGAGACAGAAUUAGAGAGUGUUCUAACGCUACACAAGCAGCAAACACAAAGUGUGUGGGGGACGCGCCAGUCUCCAAGCCCAGCCAAACCCGCCACACGGUUGAUGUGGAAAUCUCAGUAUGUCCCAUAUGAUGGGAUCCCUUUUAUCAAUGCAGGAAGCAGAGCCAUUGUGAUGGAGUGCCAGUAUGGGCCCAGGAGGAAAGGUUUCCAGCCCAAAAAAACUGGCGAGCCGGAAAAUGCCUCCUGCCAGCUGUACAAAGCCACUUGUCCAGCACGGAUCUAUAUUAAAAAGGUUCAAAAGUUUCCUGAGUAUAGAGUUCCCACUGACCCCAAAAUUGACAAGAAAAUCAUAAGAAUGGAGCAAGAGAAAGCUUUCAACAUGCUGAAGAAGAACUUUAUAGAUGCUGGAGGGGUCCUCAGAUGGUAUGUGCAAUUACCCACCCAGCAGGCCCACCAGUAUCACGAAAUGGAGACCUGCCUCCCUCCUUCACCGUCCGCUUUCCCCAUAUCGUCUCCUGAGGAAGAGGAAGAUGCAGUGAGAGAUGAGAACUGUACUUUGCCCUCCCGACUUCACCCACAAGUAGCGGAUAAAAUCCGAGAACUGGUGUCUCAGGGAAUAGAGCAAGUCUAUGCAGUGAGGAAACAACUAAGAAAGUUUGUGGAGCGAGAAUUAUUCAAGCCUGAGGAAGUACCAGAGAGGCAUAACUUGUCCUUCUUCCCAACUGUGAAUGACAUCAAGAACCACAUCCAUGAGGUGCAGAAGUCCUUGGGAAACGGGGAGAUGGUGUAUAACUCAGAAAGCAUCCCAGCAACGCUCCAGUGGACCACAGACGGUGGGAAUGUUCUCACAGAAACAGUGACUGUUACAUUUGCCUCACCACCUACAGAGGGGAGUUCACCAGGAGAAUCAAUCAUCACCAAAGUGGAAUCCAGUCAGACUGGGGAGAACUUGCCUCCAGAGACAGCUCAGCUGUUGUCCUCGCUCUCGUCACUCCAGCCCAAGAUAUUUGCACAGCUUCAGGGAUUACAGCUGCAGCCAACGUUCACCUCUGUGGAUGGAGCAACAGCCCUGAUAGCAGUAAAUAACCAUUCUCCUCCCAACCCUGCAAGUCUUCUGGAUUCCAUAGGGAGUGUGAUAACCAACCACUCUCUAGUACUCAGUCAGGGACACAACCUUCACACAGGUGCCAGUCUAACCCAGAGCAACAAUGCUGCCUCCGCUAUUGGAAAUCUGCCUAUAUCAGAUCAAAAUCUGGUCACUAUGGGCCAGCUGGUAACUGUUGGAGGUGUAGAGGAUACAGGAAGCCUGGAGGCAGGGAUCCAUCAGUUUCUUUUGGGAGACGUCCAGACCAUUCCAAUACGGAUUGUAGACAACCAUCCAGCUCUUAUUGAAGAAAAUCCAGAGGGUACCAUUUGUGUGGGCCAAGUUAAACAAGAACCCAGAGAACAAGCAUUGUCUGUGGAGGCAGAUAGAAUCAGAGACUGCCAGAACUCUGCCACUAUUUAA